AUGCGCACUGGUGGCCCCGCGAUGGCGGCGCCCGAGGAGUCACUGAGGAGGCGGAAGGCCGGGAAUGCGGGCGCCGAGCCUGGGUCUCCGCCGGGGCCUGGGCCGGGGUGCGACCCCACGGGCUGUUCGGCCCGUCUCCGAGCGGGCACUUUCUGGCUGACCAGGAUCGUGCUCCUGAGGGCCCUCGCUUUCAUUUACUUUGUGGCAUUCCUGGUGGCUUUCCAUCAGAACAAGCAGCUGAUUGGAGACCGGGGCCUGCUGCCCUGCCGCACGUACCUGAAGAGCGUACAGCAGUAUUUCCAGGGCCCGGUCGGCUGGGAUGCUGUGAGCUACGCACCCACCGUGCUCUGGCUGCUGGACUGGUCACACAUGGACUCCAACCUGGACGCCCUCGCACUUCUCGGGUUGGGUGUCUCCUCUUUCGUCCUGGUCACCGGCUGUGCCAAUAUGGUGCUCAUGGCCACUCUCUGGGUUCUCUACAUGUCCCUGGUCAACGUGGGACAGAUCUGGUAUUCAUUUGGAUGGGAGUCCCAGCUUCUGGAAACAGGAUUCCUGGGGAUCUUCCUGUGCCCUCUUUGGACUCUGUCUCGAUUGCCCACGGGGACCCCCCCGUCCCAGAUCGUUCUGUGGGGCUUUCGGUGGCUGAUUUUCAGAAUCAUGCUUGGAGCAGGCCUGAUCAAGAUCCGGGGAGACCGGUGCUGGCGGGACCUCACCUGCAUGGACUUCCACUAUGAGACGCAGCCAGUGCCCAACCCUGCGGCCUACUUCCUGCACCAGUCCCCAUGGUGGGUCCACCGCUUUGAGACGCUCAGCAACCACUUCCUGGAGCUCGUGGUGCCCUUCUUCAUCUUCCUCGGACGGCGGAUGUGCAUCCUCCACGGGGCCUUACAGAUCCUAUUCCAGGUGGUCCUCAUCAUCAGCGGGAACCUGAGCUUCCUGAACUGGCUGACCAUGGUGCCCAGCGUGGCCUGCUUUGAUGACGCCACUUUGGGGUUCUUGUUUCCCUCCGGGCCCGGUGGCCUUAAGGACCGAGUCCUGAAGCUGCAGGAGGAGGCUGCCCAAGGGGCCCGGCCCCCCCCACGAUACGGCUGCAUGGUGCGGCGGGCAGUGCACAUGGCGCUGGGCAUCCUGGUGGCCUGGCUCAGUGUCCCCGUGGUCAUCAACCUGCUGAGUCCCACACAGAUCAUGAACACCACCUUCAACCCUCUCAGGAUCGUCAACACAUACGGCGCCUUUGGGAGCAUCACCAAGGAGCGCACGGAAGUCAUCCUGCAGGGCACAGCCAGCCCCAACGCCAGCAUGCCGGACGCCGUGUGGGAGGACUACGAGUUCAAGUGCAAGCCGGGUGACCCAGGGCGGCGGCCAUGCCUCAUCUCCCCCUACCACCACCGCCUGGACUGGCUCAUGUGGUUCGCCGCCUUCCAGACCUACGAGCACAAUGAGUGGAUCAUCCACCUGGCAGGCAGGCUCCUGGCCAAUGACGCCACGGCUGUGUCCCUACUGGCCCUCAACCCUUUCGAGGACAGGGCACCCCCCAGGUGGGUCCGGGGCGAGCACUACAGGUACAAGUUCAGCCGCCCUGGGGGCCAGCACGCUGCUGCAGGCAAGUGGUGGGUCCGCAAGAGAAUCGGCCCCUACUUCCCCCCACUCAGCCUCCGCGACCUAGAGGACUACUUUCGGUCACGGGAGUGGCCAUACCCGGAACUGGAGUAGAAGCGGCCCCAGGUCUGUGCGCAGAGGAAUAAAGCAGGAAG